UAGGUAGGUAAGUAGAUAGGUAGGUAGGUAGGUGCGUGUAUGUAACAGCAGGAAGAGAAUACUUUCACUGCCAGAGUCCGGCUGGGAGCUUUAGGAAGGACAAGAAGAAAACUAGGCACAAAUGAGAACGACAAAGAUAGUGAGAGUGAAAUGGAUGGAGGUAUAUCGGUGCAGUACUGUGCCGUUCUUCCGACUAUUAUUACCGACUUCACAGCGGACACUCGACUGUCGUCGCGUCACCCGAGCGUUGAAGUUGCUGAGUGCGCACGCAUCAAUAGUAUUAAUGUUCCCGUACUACCAUAUAGUACUCCAAAAGUACUAUUCCAAUCAUUCUCAUCGUUCUGCACCAAAGAGGAAAUCUUUCAAGGUCUUUAAGAGACUCAGAAGGAAUACAUGAAACAUAGAAAUUGCUCACCGGAAAUUACGAAAUUGGAAUUAUCCUAUAACGAUUACAAAACAAAGCAGUAUGGAAGGGAUUCAUCGAAAUCAAUGGAAGCGUCAUAAAAGAUAUAAACAUCGACGUAUCCUUCAAUGUUCGCAAGACUGAAAAGAUCAGUAGAUAGAACCUCUAUUACAACGUUCCAUUACAAGCGAUGAAAUUCAAUAAUACAGCGAUAUUAAACUAAAAAUAAAAAUUCGCAAGGCAGGGUUAUAUUUUCGCCAAAAUGGUUUUCAGUGCGAUAGUAGUGACGUCAGCCUUGAAGAGCGCUAUCGGCUUAAUGGGUACAGGUUUAUGGCUCAUACCAUUGUUAAUUGCGGGUCUUUCUUACUAUCGUUACGAUCAACUGGAUCCUGAGAGUCGACUCAUCGACAGGCACCCUCUCUACUCUGAUUACGAUUUUAUUGUAAUUGGAGGCGGAUCGGCUGGAGCGGUAAUUGCUAGUCGACUAUCGGAGAUACCAAACUGGAAUGUGCUAUUAUUAGAGGCCGGCCCAGAUGAAAACGAAAUUACAGACGUGCCAUCUCUGGCUGCAUACUUGCAGUUAACCACGUUAGAUUGGAAGUACAAGACUGAGGCUACAGGUAAAGCUUGUUUGGCUAUGAAGGGCGGUCGUUGUAACUGGCCUAGAGGAAAAGUAAUCGGUGGAAGCAGUGUUUUUAACUACAUGUUAUAUGUGCGUGGUAAUAAAAAAGACUAUGAUCAUUGGGAAUCGCUCGGUAAUCCCGGUUGGGGAUAUGACCAAGUUCUUUACUAUUUCAAAAAAUCGGAAGACAAUCGGAAUCCAUACUUGCGGAGAAGUCCAUAUCACGCGACCGGUGGCUACCUAACAGUACAGGAAUCGCCGUGGAAGACUCCCUUAGUGGUUGCUUUUAUUCAAGCAGGCAUUGAAUUGGGAUACGAAAACAGGGACAUAAAUGGCGAAAAGCAGACGGGCUUUAUGAUAUCUCAAGGAACUAUUCGCAGGGGAAGCAGAUGUUCCACCGCGAAGGCUUUCUUGCGGCCUGUACGAUUACGCAAGAACAUUCAUACAGCUAUGAAUAGUCAUGUGACGAGAAUCGUGAUCGAUCCGUUAACCAUGAGAGCGACUGGCGUCGAGUUUGUUAGGAAUGGUCGCAGACAAAUAGUGAGAGCACGGAAGGAAGUGAUAUUGUCAGCAGGUGCCAUUAAUAGUCCUCAAAUUUUGAUGCUAUCGGGGAUCGGACCGAAGGAACAUCUACAACAUGUUGGUAUUCCUGUUAUCAAAGAUCUUCAAGUCGGCGAAAAUCUUCAGGAUCAUAUAGGAAUGGGCGGUUUGACGUUUUUGGUUGAUAAACCAGUCAGUAUAGUUCAAGAUCGUUUUCAGCCGGUUCCGAUGAUGAUGCAUUAUGUGAUUAACGGCCGAGGUCCCAUGACGACCUUGGGUGGCGUUGAAGGUUACGCCUUCGUAAAUACAAAGUAUGCCAAUCACUCUAUCGAUUAUCCGGACCUGCAAUUCCACAUGGCGCCAGCCUCCAUUAAUUCUGACGCGGGAGUACAAGUUCGGAAAGUUUUAGGGUUAACGGACGAAGUAUACAACACCGUCUACAGACCAAUUAACAAUCGAGACGCUUGGACCCUGAUGCCUCUUCUGUUAAGGCCUAAGUCUCGUGGCACUAUACGUUUGAGAAGUUCCAAUCCUUUUCACCAUCCUAUUAUCAAUGCGAAUUAUUUUUCUGAUCCUAUGGACAUAGCCACCUUGGUGGAAGGUGCGAAGUUUGCGAUCAAAGUCAGCGAGGCAAAAGUCUUUAAACAAUUUGGCUCAAAACUUCAUCGUGUCAAGCUUCCGGGAUGUAAACAUCUCAAAUUCGGCACCGAUGCUUACUGGGAAUGUCAUAUUCGACAUAUUUCUAUGACAAUUUACCAUCCUGUAGGUACCGCUAAAAUGGGACCGUCAACUGAUCCUACAGCCGUAGUGGACCCUAGAUUGCGGGUUUACGGUAUCGCGGGUCUUCGAGUUAUCGAUGCGUCUAUCAUGCCGACGAUAUGCAGUGGUAACACAAACGCUCCUGUCAUUAUGAUCGGUGAAAAAGGGGCUGACCUCAUUAAACAAGAUUGGCUACCACCGUCGACAAUUAAUCACAAAAAUAAAUUUAAACUCAGAAAGGGCUAAGGAAAAAAUAGAUUCGAUCCGAAAUGUAUAUAUUAUAAUAUAAUAUAUAAAGAUUCAAUUUAUUUGCAGACGUUUCGAUUGUGCAAGCGUAUCGCAAAGGAACAAUUAUUCCUAAAUGAAAAAAAGGAAAAGGAAGUUAUUGUUAAAGACGUUCAGAAAUUUUAAACUGUAAUAUUGUAUAGGUAUGUGCGAUAUAUUGCGAUUGACUGAUUGUAUUAUAAUGGAUAUGUUGCAGCCUUUUUGCGAAAUUAAUCAUUUCUCGAAAAGGCUAGUCUUUAAGCCGCAAAACGGCGCCUUUUUGUGAAAUCAACGAUCGUUUCUCAAUUAGGCUUUUCGUGAAAAAACUAACUCACAUCAACCUUAUUGGUUAAUAAUUGGUUAAUGAUGACGUUCUGCAAAAAAGCUAACAAAACGUCUAGCCUUUUUGCAGAACCCUUUUACCAUAAAAUGAAAAAAAUCUGACAGAAGAAAGACGAGAACUGUCCCGAAGUGAGAUAUUGAGCGUUAAAGUUGACAACUAUUGAAGUUAGGAAAUCUGUCAUGUGGACGGCUAUGCCGCCCCGAACAAAAAAGAAAUAACAUAUCCUAUCCGCUUGGGGCCUAACCUAGAAGUUGCAGCCUAGUAAAAAGACGCUCUAAAAAGACUGUUCUCACACCCCACUGUCUUCAUAGGUUAGAAAUAUUCCAAGCGGACUGUCUAGACUGCAAUAAGGCUAAUGUGAGUUAGUCUUUUCACGAAAAGCUUAAGUGCGUCUGCCUAAUUGAGGAACUGUCGUUGAUUUCGCAAAAAGGUACCAUUUUCAUAAAAAUUAGCUUUUUCGUGAAAAGGUUAAUUUCAUAAAAAGGCUGCGACAGAUAUACCAAUAAUGGAUAUAUCAAGGUUAUCUACCUAAUUUGUUGUCCUAAUUUCGUAUG